CUCGCUUCACUACUUGUGGCUUUCUGGAUCCAAUGAGUAGUGGCAAAGAGCAUUGUAUUCUUUUGAACGCCGGUGACGCGUGUUCCUACACGCUCCUCCAGACUGAGCGUGGCCUUGUCUUGGACGUUGCUUUUGCUGAUAUUGACUCGCGCCAUAGGCAGCAGUCAACAGAUGGCCAUUUUUUGAGGAUAUUAAUAUAAUUUCAGCAAUAUCCCACUGAAUAAGGGACUUCAAAAACAGUCCGGAAAUUAGAUCCUUUUUAACCACCGAUAAACCAAAAAAGCUUUAUGCCUUUAAUUUCUUCGUAUAAAUUUUCUCUUUAUUUAUUACUAUUAUUAUUUAUGUUUUAGCUCCCUAUUAAGAAUUACCCCCAGAAAAUGGCAGAGAAUUCGAUUCGUUGUUGGCUUUCCAGCUCGAUUCUAAGUAUUUUCACCCUCUUUUCUUGUUUAUUUGGACAUUGUAAUUCGGUUGAGCAACUUGGUAGAUAUGAUACCUUUACGGUUUCAAGCUUCAAUUACCCAGAAACCCAGAUGAGACCUUUUGACAUGCGUUAUGUAAGAGUUGAUUUACCCCUAUGGUUCUCUUCAAUGUCAAUAGCACUGAAGACGAGUGUCAAUCUUGAUAUAAACAGCAUCGAAAAAAUUCCUAGAAAUGUGCUUCCGAUGAUGUGCUUCAGAUAUGGCAGCCUCCCGUUACCAGAUGUCUUGAGCAGUUCAAUGAAAGUUGCACUAUCUAACAGAUCUUUUGAAGGAAUACAAUUACUUCAAAUUUCGGAGCAGUGCUAUCCUGUUCCAAGAAAUCUGACAAUGAAGUUGACGAACGAGCAGAUAUCUGCUGGGGUUUUGUAUUUUGGUCUUUUCAAUGGUUUUGGGCCUACAAGAACACAGUUGAAGAUGAUAGUUCAGAUCCCUGCUUACUCCUUUGCAGCCAAUAUAAGCGUGGAAGGAUGUACCAACUCAUUAAUGCAAGGACAGUACUGCAACCAAAAUAUUGAAAUGCUUUCUUGUGGUCGAUCUGGUAAUGGUUCAAGAAAUGGUUCAGUAUCUGUCUUCAAUCAAAGCAUGGUUAUGUGCAGGAACAAUUUUGAGACCUCUUGCCUCGGGGAUGGAGAAAUGAAAAUCUAUGCCUUAGAGAGACUACAGAUAGCCGAAUCCUUAACACUUUCAAUACAAAAUCCAAGGUUAAGGCCCCUGAACAGCACUGAGAAUAGUAGCAGAGUUGACUUAAUGUGCUUUGCUCGUUACGGUGCAAUGGUCAGCUACCCUACAUGACUAUUCUGGUAACCUAAACCAGUCCCCUCUGGUUAUUCGCUUCCCAAAGGUUGGUCUCUGGUAUUUUUCUAUUAUAGCCCUCAACCUGUCAAAGGAACUUGGAGGGGCUCCCAGUAAUGCUUCAAAUAUUUGCUAUUCCCUGGAACUGAAAGAGCUUGAAUGUCCUUCGGGAAAGGCUGGACCAAACUGUUCGUCUGAAAGAUACAUGCUUCAGACUGUUGUCAGGAAAUAUUCCGCCCCUUUUGAAUCCUAUUAUAUGCCAGAUGGUGGGAACCUGAUGUCAGAUGCUACCAAUUUUCAGCUCGAGCCCCUUUUAAGCAACUACUCAAUUGGAGAACUAGAUACCUGGACAUAUUUUCUUCUAAAUGUUCCUCGAGGUGCAGCUGGUGGAAAUAUCCAUGUUCGGCUAAUGUCAGAUAGAAGGAUAAAUUAUGAAAUAUAUGUUAGAAAUGGUGGAUUGCCAUCACAUGUUAAUUGGGAUUAUUAUUAUGUAAAUGAGACAAACAGUAGUAACUCCAUGUUUUUUGAAUUAUACAAUUCAAGUGAUGAAAAGGUC